AUGUCAACGCUCGAAGAUACAGCGUCACACAAAAUCCCUACCAGCCAGCUACGAACCACCUCUAAGGCACGUUUUUCACACAUCAAUAUAGACAUCGUUGGUCCUUUCCCAUUAUGCGAGGGACAACGCUACUGUCUAACGAUGAUCGAUCGUUAUACUCGAUGGCCAGAAGCGGCACCAAUGCCAGACAUGUCCGUCGAAUCCGUCGCUAAAGCACUUCUGUCACACUGGAUUGCGCGGUUUGGUGUUCCAGAGCGAAUCACAUCAGACCAGGGAAGGCAGUUUGACUCCGCCGUUUUUGCUGAGCUAAUUACGACUAUUGGCGCAACCCACCUGCGAACAACUCCAUACCACCCGCAAUCAAAUGGCAUUAUCGAGAGGUGGCACAGGAGUUUCAAAGUAGCUAUACUAUGCCACGACCCAACUAGGUGGGUGCAGCACCUACCGACAAUUUUGCUUGGCUUACGCGUCGCAUAUAAGCCCGACAUUAAGGCAUGUCCCGCAUUAUUAGUUUAUGGGUCGACUCUGCGAAUCCCAGGCGAAUUUUUGCAAGGGGCGGAACAAACGAAGGCCACUGAAGAGACCGUAUCGCAAUUUAGGUCAGCAAUGCAGAAGCUGCGACCGACGCAGACAUCGCAUCACACAACCAUAAAAGUCUUUGUGCCACCUGCACUAAAGACAGCAACGCAUGUAUUCGUGCGCAACGAUUCGAUACGCCCAUCGCUAACACGCCCUUACGACGGACCAUACCCCAUCAUCAAGCGAUCGUCUAAGUAUUUUAAUAUUCAAAUGCGAGGGCGUAACACAAACAUCAGUAUUGAUCGGUUGAAGCCAGCGUUUCUAACACACGCCGAUCUCGAAGAUACCACCGUGAUUCCGUCAACAGUAGAGCGGCCACAACAGCAACUGGAGUCGCCACAACAGCAACUGGAAUCGCCACAUCUGUCGCCGGAAGAUAAGCUGCCACAACACCAGCCGCUACCGAUACCGAAACAAAAGUCGCAGCAGCAACAGAAUAGUGCGAUGAAACCUACUCGCAGCGGCAGGCAUGUCACCAUACCUCUCCGGUACCGAUAG